CACCCCUUGUGCGCGAGUGGAGUACAGGAAAGAGGGUAUGGUAGGGGAAAGGAAAGGAGGGUUGAUGACUCGGCCAGGAACAAAAGGCGGAGGAAGAACUACUCGGCGUAGAAUACAGAGGAGUGCAAAUGGAGGUAGGGAGUCAGGCUAGAAUGCCGUUGUGAAGAGAGACAGACAGGCCUGCUUGACAGCAUACACUCGGCCGAAACUGGGGGGGAUGAAUCAAAGGAAAAGACGGCAAGUCCUGCUGCUGCUGCUGCUGCGUGCGUGUGCGUGCUUGUGCUUGGAGGUAUGCGUAUGCCGCUCUGCUUUUUUUUUUCUUUCCCUCUCUCUUUUUUUCUCAGAGGGGGGUACUCCGGCUGCCGCUGUCUCUCUCAGUCGGUUUCUGCAGCCGUUGCUCCUCGUCCUUGACGGAUGUCGCAGAUGCUGCUGGCCGUGGUCUGAGCCUAGUCGCCUGGAUGUUUCGCCCGUCCGGCGCGAACUUGAGACGCUGUCGUCCUCGUUGUUUGCUUUGUGCGAUGUCUCCUCCGGUGGAGCACAGCGUUGCGCGCGCUGGCAGGCUAGAAUCAGAGAGCGUGCCGAUAGAGACUCUGGUGCUGGCGAUUGGCGUAUCCUGUGCUGGUCGGUCGGUCGGUCAGUUCGAAGGAGUCGAGGCUGGAGUGAGAAGACUCGGUGAGAGGAAAGUUGAGGAAGUGGGCUGCACCCGU